CCUCUGAAAAAGCUCGCAUGUACGUACCACUGCAGUGCAGUACACCAACAUAAUGCGGGCAAAACCGCGCGAAUAACUCACCGGCGGCAUCUUCUCUUUCUCUCGGGCGAAACCCUAACUACGAGCUCACCCUCUUCAUCUGCAAGCCGUUCUCUCGCUUGCUCUUUUCACAGAAAGGCUGAAGGUGUUUUGCCUCUGGUUCAUAUGGAAGGACAGAGUAGCCUCACCGACCCGAUGCAAUUGGUGCCGUUGGAUUUUUGUGGGGAUGCUGCCAUUGAUGUCUCUCAGGCAACUGGAGAUGAUCCAAGCCAACAAGUUAGCAUGGCAGCUGAAGGGACUGCAUACCAAACUGAUGAUCUUUUUUCACAUUGGUGGACUGAAAAACCAAAGCCAUCUCUCAAUUCUCUCAAUUGUGUUGAGUUUCUAGCAGAAAGUUCAACAUUUCUCCCAAAGGAUCCUUGUGAAGAUAUAUUAGAAAGCAUUCCUUUAUCUGUUUCUGGCAUAGAUGAUGUUGGUGGGGUCUCUGAAUUUCAAAGAGAUGUGUUGUACAGCAGUCUUGGAAAUGCUUGCGGUUCUAAACUAACUGAUUUCUCUAUGGACAUGGACGAUUGGAAGCAGGUGAGAUGUCUGAGGCCAGUGAAUGACGAACUUGUGAAUGCACAACAUCAACUUCACGCCAAGUAUCAUACUUCAAGGACAGAUAAUUUAUAAUGGGGAUAAAAAGGAUAGUGUUUCUCAAGUUGAUCCAAGAGCAAGAAGUGCUUUACCUGAUUUUCAUUCCCAACCACAUCACCACAUUUCGACACAGAGAGCUGCUGUAACUGAUCGUAGUCGCAGGAUUCGAAUUGCUGAAAAACUUGAUGCAUUGCGACAACUGCUUCCAAUAUCCACAGAGGGUGGUCGGUCAUUUGUAGUGGAUGAUGUAAUUGACCAUAUCAAGUUUUUGCAGCUUCAAAUGAAGGAUUUAUGUAGAAGCAGAUUGGGAGGUGAAACAAUUACUGAACCUAUCAUAUUCCGUGAGGGAUAUGGUCACUACUUUUGCCACCAGAAUAUGCUGAAUGAACCUCUUGAAGAGAUGAUGGGAAAAUUGCUGGAGACAAAUCCAAUGGCAGCAAGUCAGCUGUUGGAGAACAAGGAUCUUUUGCUGCUGCCAAUGGAUUACUCUGAACCAUUAGCUUGAGUUAAUUAGAUAGAUAUACUUUUUCUCAUAUCCAUAAAUAUCAUGCUUAAUUGUUGUUAACUAUUAACUUUUGUUCAUGGUUUCUCACUGGAUAGUUACUUAGGGUGAUCAAACUCAGUGGUGUGGUUGGUUCUUCAGAGUGUCACGUCUUCGAUGGUCAACACGUUUAAUUAUUAAUUUAUUAGUGCAAGAAAGCUAUGUAUUUCUCAAAA